UUCACCGGCUUUCGUUACGUGGUCUGAUGCAGACUUGAUUGUUUUGUAUGUUGAACUGAACAAUUUUCUGGAGAUCAUUGAGAACUACUGCUCGUUUUCUUAAAUAAAACAGGAUUUUAUUUCGUCUAAUUUACAAAAUCAGGUACCGAGCACGUGUUUCAUCAUUUCCACGUGAUGUUCGGACAAGGAGAAACGUGAAGCGAUAAAAUGAGGCUGAAGAUUCGUUUGAUUAAUAUUUGCAUCAGGCACAAGUGCACAAACGUGGAGAAUUUUCGAAACUACAAGAAGACUCAAUGGAAAAGGUUGCAAGUGAAAAAUGCUAGAAGUUUGGAUAUCAAGCAGAAGGACCUAACCUCUAAAAACAACAAUAGCGCAACAAACUCUACUUAUAAUACGCCGACAAUACCCAACAAUUUCGAGGAUGGCUUCUGUAAACUGUUUACGAAACCCGAAGGAGUAUCAAGUAAAUUUGAUGUCAAGGUUCGAACGUUUAAAGAGUCGAAGGUAGACGAAGAUGUGAAUUCAAAUGUAGAAUCCAGGGUGAAGGAUGUAAAAAUUAACGAUACCAGUAUACAGGAAACUCAGCGAUUGAAGGAAUCCGAAACCAGCAAAGAUGGUGAAUUAGACGCUAAUCUAAGGAAAGACGGUGUUAGAGUGAACGAAAUAAAUAUGCAGAUGUUGCCCAAAGUAUUGCACGAACAAUUGUUCGGGAAGGAUGAUAAGCAGAAAUUGUCUAACAAAGAAAUCAACGAUAUAAAGAAGCACUUGGGUCUAUACGGUAUAAACGUGGAGGAUGCGAGUAGGCUGCCGGACGUAAACAUGAAAUUGCCAACUCUGGAGGGGAAGGAUGUGGAAGAGCACUUCUACAACAUCGGGAAAGCGCAGGUUAAGCCUUACCUCAAGAUUAUAAACAAGAUAAUGAAGGACAUUCCCGAGAUGCCGAAGCAAUGGCUUUUCAAGGAAGGAUGGACCAGAUAUACGGCGGAUGGCGCAGAGAGUGUGGAUUACCCACUGGAGGACGGCGUGAUCUUCGACGUUGAAGUGUGCAUGAAACACGGUUCUUCGCCCACCAUUGCCACCGCUGUCAGCGAUAAGGCUUGGUACGGUUGGGUAUCGGAUUCCUUAAUAGAGGGUCGAGUUCCUUUGCCUUACAUGAUGGACACCGGCCAGACGUUCGACACACAAUUAUACAAAGAGAGUAUGCUCGUUCCUAUGGAGAGUCGCGGAGAGGAGUACGGACAGAAGUUGAAUCAGCAUCAGAAGAAACCGAAGAUUGUCGUGGGUCACAAUGUGUCGUACGACCGAAGUAGAAUCAAGGAACAGUAUUGGAUGAAUUGCACGGGUACUCGUUUCCUCGACACCAUGUCGUUGCACGUGUGCGUCAGCGGUUUCAACAGCUAUCAAAGAUCGCUGCUGAUGUCGAAGAAGGAGGACUCCGUGAAGGACGACUGGCAGGCCAACACUUCUCUGAACAACUUGGCGGAAGUGCACAAGCUGUACUGCGGCCACGAGAUAAGCAAGCAGGCGAGAGAAAUAUUCAUCGAAGGCACUCUCGAAGAUGUUAAGAACAACUUUGACGUACUGAUAUCCUACUGCGCCUCCGACACGGUCGCCACUCAUAAUAUACUGGCCAAGAUAUUUCCACUCUUUCAGGAGAGAUUCCCGCAUCCGGUCACCCUAGCCGGAAUGUUGGAACUCGGCUCAGCUUAUUUACCGGUGAACUCCAACUGGCAGAGAUACCUGAAGGAAGCCGAGGGCACGUUCGACGACUUGAACUACGAGGUCAAGUUCACUCUCGCACAGAAAGCCAAAGCCGCCUGCCAGCUAAUGCACGGUGAGAAAUAUAAGGAGGACCUGUGGAUGUGGGAUCAAGAUUGGAGCACACCGACGCUCAAGUUGAAGAAGAAGCCGUCGACGUCCGCGGAGACGAGCGUGAGGAAGAGAUACACGAUCGAGAAGUCGAGCGACGCGAAGUACCUGUCGGACGACGAGGAAGAAGAGGAGGAUCCCCUGGCCAAAGAGUUCGCGUACUUGGAAGAGAUGAGGUAUUUGUUGCCGAGCAAGAUGCCCCACAUGCCGGGAUACCCAGCCUGGUACGGGAAGCUCUGUCCCAAGCGGAGCGACAAGGAUUGGGCGCCGGGCCCGCGGAAAAUCAGCACCUCCAUGAGGGUGGUCCCUAAGCUGCUGAGACUUACUUGGGAGAAAUACCCGCUGCACUACAUAAAGGAGCACGGCUGGGGGAUCUUGGUGCCUUACAACGACGAUCCCGGCAUCGAGACCGAACUCCCGUUGAAGAGUCUCCUGGCGCACUGCCCGUUGCCGACGAUCGACAAUCGGGAAUUCCGGGACACCUCCGGCGACGCGAUGACCACCCUGAGCGCCGACGUGCAGAACGACCUUCACAAGACCGAGUUCUGGCGGUUCAAGAAGGACAAGAAGCCGAGGACCGAGCCGUACGAGGCAGUGUACAAGGGCACUGCCGAGUGGUGCAACGUCGACAUCGACAAUUGCUGUUACUUCUUCAAAUUGCCGCACAAGGACGGCAAGGGGAAGAACGUGGGGAAUCCUUUGUCCAAGGAUUUCCUCAACAAGUUCUCGGAGAACGUGCUGGCCGGGUUGGACGCGAGCGCGACCGAGGUGCUGAAGAACGCCCGCAUGCUGUCGUAUUGGCGGAACAAUCGCGACCGGAUCUUGUCGCAGCUGGUGGUGUGGUUGGACGAUCGUUCGCUGCCCGGCGGAGUAACGAAGCUGAAGAGCAAGCGGAUGGCGCGUUACGGCGCGAUAAUCCCUCAGGUGGUGGUGUCGGGCACGCUGACGCGGCGUGCCGUCGAGCGCACGUGGAUGACCGCGUCGAACGCCUCCUCGGAGCGCAUCGGCUCCGAGCUGCGCUCGAUGGUGCAGGCGCCGCCUGGCUACAACAUCGUGGGCGCGGACGUGGACAGCCAGGAGCUGUGGAUCGCCUCGAUGAUCGGCGACGCUCAUCAUACCGGCGGGAUACACGGCGCCACGCCGUUCGGCUGGAUGACCCUGAUCGGCGCCAAGUCCAACGGCACCGACAUGCACAGCGUCACCGCCAAGGCGGUCGGCAUCUCGCGCGACCACGCCAAGGUCAUCAACUACGCCAGGAUUUACGGGGCCGGUCAGAAGUUCGCCGUGCAACUGCUCAAGCAGUUCAACCCGUCCAUGACGGACGCCGAGGCGGUCGCCAAGUCGCGCAAAAUGUUCGCUCUCACCAAGGGCAAGAAGGUGUACCGGCUGAAGGCCGAGUUCCUUGAUGACAACCUGCAGGAUGAGCCUUUCACCUCGUAUCAGGCGUAUCAGGCGGCGAAGUUAUACGGCAAGAGCGUGCAAGAGAUGUUCCAUAAGAGCGAGUGGCUCGACGGCUCGGAAUCGGCCAUGUUCAAUCGGCUGGAGGAGAUCGCCAGCAGCGAGUAUCCGGUCACGCCGUUUCUCAACUCAAGAUUGAGCCGCGCCCUGGAGACCAGCAAUACCGGCGAGGAGGACAACUUCUUGCCCACGAAGAUCAACUGGGUGGUGCAGAGCGGCGCGGUCGACUUCCUUCAUCUCAUGCUGGUCUCCAUGAGGUGGCUGAUGCGGGACAACGCGAGGUUCUGCCUGUCCUUUCACGACGAGGUGCGGUAUCUCGUGCCGUCCAGGCACAAGUACAACGCCGCACUCGCCAUGCACAUGACGAAUCUGCUGACGAGGGCGUUCUGCGCCUCGAGAGUCGGUAUGCGGGACUUACCGAUGUCGGUGGCGUUCUUCACGUCCGUGGAAGUGGACACCGUUCUGCGCAAAGAAUCCGCCCACGACUGUAAGACCCCGUCGAACCCUCACGGGCUGCAAAACGGAUACGAUAUACCGCCCGGCGAGAGCCUAGACGUGUGGACCGCCCUGGAGAAGUCCGGCGGCUCGCUGGGAUGGUGGCACGAUGCGAAAGAUCGCAAAGCCAAAGCAGCGGACUCGGCCGUUGAGGAACUUUCCGCUUAAAGCCGUAUCGCUUCACGUGAAUCACGGAAAUCACGACGUUAAUUUUGUGUCAUCGUUUUGCAGGUCACGAUGUUUAAAGCAACGAAACGCAACAAGCACAUCAUUUACGACGAUCUGAGUGUACCCACGGAUUCUCAAUGCA